CAUGAGUUGUGAGCGAGUAGGCUAUAUAAAGGUGGUGUAGAGCGUAUAGAAGUUAGGAUAAACGGAUGCAUACAAUCUGAUACUUCUAUCAUAAAAGGAAAGCUUUAAAAAAAGCGCGUGGCCGAGUUCAUCCACAUCUAUUGAGGGCGACAUACAAGAAAUCCACAGCUCAAGCGCUCAGCCACUCGGCCUGUGUUUGUCUUUUUCUCUCAAUACGUCAGCGCUGUAAAAAGCAUAAUCAAACUGCGAAAAGCAAGCAACAUCGGAUUACCUUGCUAAAACCGCUGACCAAUAUUUGAACUGAAGUCACCUCGCUUUAUGUCACGAAUACAAAUAAAUAACAUUCACGUCGUCUGUUGUAAGUCUGCAGUCAGAGUUUUACAGUUUAACGUUAGCUAGCCCCCAAUUCUCUUGGUGUCAGGGUUGACUCGCUUCGGGCUCGACAUGUCCUGCUGUCUGCUGGAGUUCUGUCGGGCUCAGGAGCUCAAGACAGUCCGAGAGUUCUUGUUCCCAAAGAGCCUACGGACCACUGCAUCAGAUAAUAACAUCAAGAACAAGACAGAUGAGGAGGUAAAUUGGGAGGAAGCAGACUGGGGCUCUUGGGAAAGUCCUGAUGCCCAAGAUGGUCAGAACACGGAGGAAGAGGAGAGCGUGCCUUCCUCCCAGAGUGCCGCCUGGCUACAGGACUGUGCAGUAUCUCUCUCUCCUUGCUCCGAUCUGCUGGUCAUCGCCCGGGAGCACAAGGCUGCGUUUAUGUCCGCAAAAUGGCGGACAGACGAGGCGGGGCAGGAGGAGAUGACCCUGGCAGUGUCCUGGAGCGGAACACUGAGUACCGAGGAGGGCGAGUGUGUGACCAGCGUGAUCUGUAUCCCUCUAGCCAGUCAGAAGAGGAGCUCGACUGGUCGGCCAGACUGGACCUGCAUAGUUGUAGGGUUCACCUCGGGAUAUGUGCGCUUCUACACAGAGAGUGGGGUGCUGCUCCUGGCUCAGCUCCUACAUGAAGAUCCUGUAUUACGGCUCAAGUGCAGGACCUAUGAGAUCCCACGCCACCCGGGAGUCACUGAACAGCAUGAGGAGCUGAGUAUCCUGUACCCUGCAGCACUGGUUACCAUUGAUGGUUUCAGCCUCUUCCAGUCCCUGCGAGCCUGCAGGAACCAAGUGGCACGCGCGGCUGCGGCAGGCAGUGACUCGGUGCAGCCCCCCCCUCUGGCCUAUAAGAAGUGGGGCCUUCAGGACAUGGACACCAUUGUUGACCACAGCAGUGUUGGCAUCAUGACCCUGUGCGUGUUCGACCAGAUGAAGAACGCUUCUAUCCUGGGGGGCUUCCACGCCUCAGUGAAGGGCAGCCCCCCCGCCAUGUGCCAAUAUAUCACAGUAGGGGGAGGCCCCUUCACUGGAUUCUACUACGCUGUAGAGGGCAGCUCUCAGCCCCUCCUGUCGCACGUGGCUCUCGCUGUGGCCAGUAAACUCACGUCUGCUCUCUUCAGCGCAGCCAGUGGAUGGCUGGGCUGGAAGAAUAAAAAUGAGGAGGAGCCUGUGCAGAAACAGAAGCCAAAGGUGGAGCCGGCCACACCCCUGGCAGUCAGAUUCGGUCUCCCAGACUCACGGCGCCAUGGCGAGUCCAUCUGUCUGUCUCCCUGCUACACGAUGGCCGCUGUGACGGACGACUUUGGGAGAGUCACCUUGCUGGACUUAGCACGAGGCAUCGCCAUAAGAAUGUGGAAAGGUUACAGGGACGCUCAGUUGGGUUGGGUGCAGGUGUGUGAGGGGAGGGGGGAGGGUGAAAACGUCACCUCCCCCACCUUCCCCCGCCGCCACGCCCAGUUCCUGGUGAUAUACGCUCCGCGCCGGGGUAUCCUGGAAGUGUGGGGGACCCAGCAGGGGCCACGUGUGGGAGCCUUCACUGUGGGGAAGCACUGCCGCUUGCUGUAUCCUGGCUACAGGCUAAUGGGGGUGAACAGCGUGACCAGUCACGGCUGGCAACUCCACACUCAGCAGGUGUGUCUGCUGGACCCAACCACUGGAGUGCUGCGGACUAUCACUGUCCCCUUUCACCUGGCUCUAAGUGAUAAGAAGAGCGAGCGGGCGAAAGACAUGCACCUGCUGAAGAAGAUGACCACCCUGCUGAGGACCCAAGAGCUGGAGCCGGGUGAGGAGCUGCCAUCCACACAAAAAAGUUCCUGUAAAACGCAUGCACACGUCCUGGAGAAAGAAGCCCACACUAUCCUUCUGGACAUCAAGCAUCCCGCUAUUAAGAAGCAGGCUCUGGAGUCAUUGUUAUCCAAUAAGAACGCACCGGUCUCGUGCCUGACCAACAUCACUCGUGCACUCUUGGAUAGCAUGAAGGGACAAGAUCCUGAGGCAGUUGAAGAGAGCCUGUUGCAGCUCUGUUCCUCUCAGUUGAAACUCCUGCAGCUCUACACUGACAUCCAGGCCCUUCAUUCUGCCAGCACUGACACAAACAUGGCUCCGCCCAGCAGUAUCGACGAGCGUAUCGACCAGGAUGUGGCUCGCGUCUGGCCAAUGCUGCAGCGCUACACCGAGUUGAUGUCCCGCCCCUCCGUCUCCUUCGCCCAGGACCCUGGGGGCGCACUUCCUGCACGCAACUUCCUGUGUCAGCUGGAGUGCGAGACCGGGGGGGCUUUGCGAGUAUUAAGGGGUCAGGACACAGACUGGACCCGGCUAGGAAGUUUUUUCUUCUGGGGCUGUCUGUGUGGGGAGAGCUCCGUAGAGAAGGUGUGUGGCACACUACAGGACGCUGGCAUCAGUCCCCAACAGCUACUGUCUCUCUUGUUGAGUGUGUGGCUGCACAGAGAGAGGGAGCUACUGAAGAGGCCGGAGGCCGUUACUUGCCUGCAUCUGCUGCUGACUGCACUGAGCAGCAUGCCAGGAGCUGUGGAUGAGUCCUGGGACAUGCAGUGCGUCUCCCCCUGGUGGCAGCAGGUCCGAACUGCGUGUUUAGAUUCGGAGAACGCUGGCGCCGCCCUGCUGGCUGCGCUGGUGGCCCACAGGUCUGCCAAGAACUGCAUUACCGCUCUGGCUGAGAGUAAGUUCCAGUCGGAGUGGGAGGCCGUGUCUCUGGAGCUGGAGCAGUGGUCGGUGUGCGUGAGGCAGCUGGAGGACCUGCUGGCCCUGCAAACACUGCUCUGCCUGCCCUGCCCACGGGGGGCACCAGGGGGCGCCCUCACCCGCUGCUCCAUCAGAACCCUGCUGGAGAGCGGCAGAGGUGGGGUGGCUGACAGUGUAGCAAAGUGGGUGUUCAGGCAGGACUUUGUGCCCGAGUCGCUGAAAGAAGUCCUCCAGAGGAGGGCGCAGCAGGAAAGGCAACAGCCAGAAGAGCAGGGGGAGGAGGAGCGAACAGCAGAACAGCCCCCUGAGGAGAAGGGCGAGAAGGGCGACUUCCAGAGGGCGGCAGAGCUGCUGGUCUCUGUGAGACAGCGUUUCCCAGAGUCCCUUUCUCCUGACCUGCUGUUCUCUCAUUGCUGCUGGGAGUAUGUGGUGCAAUGGAACAAAGACCCAGAGGAGGGUCGAAACUUGUCCUGGGCAGUAGAGCACCUGAAGCUGGUUACCAGCCCACACAUUCAGCAAGGUAUCGCGGUGAUGAUGUGGAACACGUUCAUUGUGAAGCGCUUCUCUGCUGCUACGUUCCUCGUGGAGAAGGUGGGAAAAGCACCAAAGGAUCGACUGUGUCGACGGGACUUGGGGAUGGGAGAAAAUGCCAUGACAUCCUUCCUGGGCUCCUGUUGCCAGCUUCUGCAAACACUAAUGGAGGCUGACGCGGCCGUAGACGAGGUGCCCCCCCCUGAACUGUGCGUGGAGGAGGUGUGGGGAGGCGCGGACGGCCCGGCCUCCAUCGCAGAGCUGGCUCUCGAGCAGAAGGGCGUGCACUACCCCCUGGUGCAGCACCACUGCCUGCUGUCCUCCAUUUUACACGCCACCAUGAUGUUCAGGCUGAGAGGGGUGAAGCCCCUGAGCUUGUUCGACAGCAAGGGGAAGAACGCUUUCUUCAGAGAUCUAACGUCCAUCCAGCUCAUGCCCAGUGGGGAUCUGGACCCCAGUUUAGUGUCCCUGAGGCAGGAGCUCCUGCUGAAAGUGCUGACGAGCUGGGUCCAGACUCAGGGAGAGGCGGCGGAUUUGUCCUCCGAGCUGGGACCCAUCGACGACUCGUGGCCCUCGCUGUGCCUGGAUUUGGGGCCUGUGCUGCAGGUGAACCCUGACAUUCUGCGGAGGCACUUCGUGUGCGAACUCUACAGCCAGGGCCUGGACCAGCGGGCAGAAGAGGCAAUGCUGGAGGUGGAGGACAGGGAGGUUCUGGGCUCUCAGUUGUUGAUUCUGACGGGUCAGAGGUUGUCCUACUCCCUGCUGCACACUCAGACCAAGCCUGGCAUGGAGCUUCUGGCCCGCCUGCCACCAAUGCUCUGCACCUGGCUCAAAGCCAUGGACCCCAGCAACCUGCGCUGUCCCUCCGUCCCCCUGGCCUACAACAGUCGGCUGGUAAGCCGCACGGUGGAAGUGUUGCCCGAGAGCCACGCCCAGUACAACCUGGCCCUGCACCUGCAGGAGGCCGUGGACAUGCUGGAAGGAGAGGCCUAAAAACCAGGAGAGAGAAAGAGAGAAUGAUGCAUAAGAUAGGCAUGGAGAGAUGGGAAGAGGAAAAGAGACCUGAGGAGGAGAUAGGGUGAGGGUGGAACAAGCGGAAGACAUUAGACUGAAGAGUAUUGGUCUUAAGUAGGAUUAUAUUUGUUUGGCUGUGUACUGGCUUUGCACUUUCAGCCUGCUGUACAUAGCAGCUUCUAAACCAGAACACAUUCAUACCAACACAUUCUCCUGCUGCCAAGGCCAUGUAAGGUGCAGGAGAUAUUUUAAGGGUGUGUGCUGUCUCCAUGAUCUGUCUGCAUAAAUGGUUAGCUGUAGUUUAUAAAUGUGUAAGAAGGGUAUUUCACCUCUGUCUUUCACUAUCUGCAAAGACUAACAAUGUAUUAUAAAAAAUAAAUGAAUACCUUAUUUUACUUAUUUAUACAUAUACACAGUACUGUAAUAGCUGUGCCUGUUGCCUCCCAUACUCUACAUGGAAGCGUUUAGCAGAUUCACUUGUAUUCAUAUGCGCAAAAGAAAGGAUUAAAACUGAACUUGGUA